GCCGCGGCAGCGGAAGAGAAUCCAUUUUCUGAAAUUGCGCUCGAAAGUGAGACUCCUCCCUCAGCUGUUUCAAAACGAUCUUUGGGACGACAUCAAUGGCUAAUUGUUCUUUCUUAUGUGUUUGCAGGUUUUAUGUGCCCGUUAAAGCAUCCUUCAGAGCUCCCUACCCAUCCUUCCAUGUCGCAUGCCUAUACGUCGAAAGCACUGUUGCACAUGAUGCAGGCAAUCGAAGCCAAACUUCGCCAGGAAAGAGCAUUGCUCUGGCGGGCAAGAAACCUACACAGACAGUUCUUGGGCGACAGUUCCUGGAUGUCGUGUGGAAUGGUUGAGACACCGGGAGAUCGCUGGAUAUUCGAGCCCCGCAUGGCCAGCACUACGCACACCCCUUCAUUGAAACAGUACGGACCCAACGGCAUUGCUACACCUCUACGGGCGAGUGAAUCGACAGCGCAAAAGAAUGGUGCACAAGGAUCAUCAUCGGUCACUGCAGCGUCACAGCCGUCUCCUGCUGCUCAAAAUGAGACUCCUGCCGCAGAUGGAGAUGUGGAGAUGGCUGAUGCCUUAGAUCAGCAGACGAAACAAGUCAGUCAUCUUCCAAAGCUCGACCAGGGUAGAGAACCCAAAUCGGAGGAAGUGGACACGCCCGUCGGCGACCUACCGCAUCACUCAGAGACAACCAAGCAAGAAACACAAGUCAAUGGGGUUACACUUCUGAACAGCACCACGGCAGCUGAGGAUCGAACGUCGGACUCCGACCGACAACGGAAGGAGAAGGCAGACACAGAGGGUACGACAGCUGCACAUCCGGACACGGAACCUCGUCCCGAUGCCGCAGACGAUACAGACAAGGAUGCAGAGAUGGCGGAUGGGUCUUCGCCAGAGCCCCCACGACGCAUGACAACACGGGCGCAGACCAACGCUGCCAAUCCUCAACAGGACGAUGAAUCCGAGCCGUUAUCUCCAUCGCCGUCCGAUGACACACUGGGUAGCCUACCCACACCGCACCCGCUCUUCCUCAUACCGGAGUCUGUCCGACCCGACCCUAAUUUCGGCCUCCCUCCCAACGAAGCAGAAGAUACACGUCGACUUCUCUGGUCUUAUGUUCAAAAGCAAGAGGAGACAGUCCGCGGCUUCGAGCACAUGCUGGAAUGCCUCCUCCGCGCCUGCCGUAUGAAAGAGGAUGUUUUUGAAUGGUGCAAAGCGGAAGGUCACGUCGGCGAAUUGAGCGACGGCGAAGACUGGUACGACCGCGAGAAAUGGGGUCUCGCCGAGGGAGAAGAUCUCAAGAAGGGCGCGGAUGAGGACGAAAUCGAGCCUGUCGAAGAGAGUCGGACGUCGAACAAGCGAGGCAGAGGUCGACGGGCUUAGUCCAGCCUCUUAUCUUUCCUUGCCCAAUUCUUCUCGCUCAUGCACAGCCUACCGCUCUUCUUUUCACAUACGAAUGCAGGCAUCG